AUGUCUGACCCAACUCUGACACCAGAAGUUACCUGGGCUCAACGCUCCUCAACCUCUGACCCUGAGCGGAAUUAUGUCUAUCUCACUAUUGCUGCCAUCGAUGUGCCACAAGGAAAACCGCAAAUUGACUUGAAACCUGGAAAGCUCAUUUUCACCGGCCACAGUGAAACGAAAAAAGUCACCUACCAUGUCGAGCUUGACUUCUACGCGGAGAUUGAUGUUGAGAAUUCGAAGACGAUUCACUCACCACGCGACGUCGAGUUUGUGCUUAGAAAGAAAGAGUUGAAGCAAGAAUUUUGGCCGAGACUUCUGAAGGAGAGCAAGAAGGUGCAUUUCUUGAAGACGAACUUUGACAAGUGGGUCGACGAGGAUGAGCAAGACGCUGCCCCUGACGAUGAUCCAGCUGGAGGUAUGGGUGGCAUGGGCGACAUGGGUGGCAUGGGUGGCAUGGGCGGCAUGGGAGGAAUGGGUGGAAUGGGAGGUGACGGUGGUUUUGGUGGCAUUGACUUCUCCAAGCUUGGCGGCGGUGCAGGCGGGAUGCCAGACAUGGGUGAUAUGCCAGAGGACGAUGGCGACGCUGACGAUGACGACGACGACGACAUGCCCGGUCUCGAAGGCGAUGAAGCUGAGGGCAAGGGUAAAGGCAAAGCAGAUGAGGCCCCAGCUGGAGAGGCGAAGACCGGAGGCGCCAAAAUUGAAGAGGUGGCAUAA